AUGCUUUCAGCCGGAAAGAUGCAGCAUCGCUGCCCAGGCUGCCGCGCGCAGCUGCUAACAUUCUACGACGUCCUCCUGCCACGAAGCACUCGGGCCUCAGCACAACCUCUCCUCCAUCGCCGCCUGCACACCCCCCAUUCGACAACUCCCCGCGCUCUACCCUCCGUUGCGGCGCGUUCGUGGAGGUCCAAUUCCCUCCGCGCUUUUUCUACUACUCACCCCGUGCGCCAGGAACCUGUACAGGAGUCAUCGUCGACGGCAGAUGUGCCAGCGACUACUAGAACCCAAGAAGAGAUUGAGACCUUCGUCCGCCACGCGAGACAAACGUUUGGUCUAACCCUGCCUGCGGAUUACCUAACUCCAGAAGAGUACAAAGUUUACGAACGACUCUACGGUCCACCCCUGCGGGAAACGACCCCCGAAGACGUGGGCAUCCCGGCUCGGACUGCCAACGCACAGAAGCCAGACGGGUCGGUGCAGAAACCGUUUCUUUUGAGGGAUGUCGCGGGAGGGUUAGCCGAGGAGGUGCCGUAUGCGGUUAGCGUUGACCCGAACGUUGCUAUCGAAGCGGCGAGGGAAGCUGCACGGCAGGCGGCGGCCGAGGAAGGGGUGGAGAUGAGCGAGGAAGAGAUGGACGCUGAGAUUAAGAGUAUGCUGGAAGAGGGGUUGCUUUCGUUGCCGGGGACGAGUGAACCAGUCCAUGUGGACUGGAUUCAGGCGACGGCAAAUAAUGAGCGGGAGUAUGAGGCGUUGGUGAAGUUACAGAGGGAUUUUGAAGAGGCGGCCAGGAGGGCGAGGACGAUGCCUCCCCCCGCGGAAGAUACUCAUGAGGAGGAGAGUAUUAUCGAGGAGGAUGAGCCGAGAGAAGAGGAGGAAAUUGAUGAGGAUGAGAGCGACCCGGAUGCAGUGUUUUUUCCGGAGGAUGGGCAUAUUGACUCGAGGUUGCAUCCGUACACCUCGUUGGGGAAGUUCAGGACGUUCCCAAGCACGAUUCAUAUCCCCAAGGCGACGUUCGUGGAACCAAUUAGCGAGUUGUUGAAGCGGACGGAUACAGUGCACAUCAGAGAGUGCGCGGAGAGGGUGUUUGGCGGCCCUGGGCUACCUUACUCGCCCAUGACGCCCAAGUCGAAGAGCAAUCUCCCGCAGAAGCCGGUGCAGUUGGAGGCCGGAUUCCAUCGCAUGUCUGCCAUCGAGGCAGAUACCUACCUCGCAACUGUCCUUCCCCCUGUCUACGCCAGCAUUAUGAGCGUUCUUGUCGAAGUCCGUAAGCGGUUAGGCAGCAAAUGGCUGAGAGACAUGCUCCUCCGCAAAGACGGCCCGCGCAUUCUAGACGCCGGCGCCGGCGGAGCCGGUCUCCUCGCCUGGGAAGAUGUGCUCCGCGCCGAAUGGGAGGUCCUCCGCGAGGAGGGCAAAGUCUCGCCGCGUCGUUACGGCCCCCCCGGCAAGAAGACUGUCGUCAUCGGCAAUGAAAACCUGCGUCAUCGAGUUUCCCGCUUCCUGGAUAAUACCACAUUCCUCCCGCGUCUGCCCGACUAUUUACAUUCAGUCAUGCGCGCCCAGGAGGAGCUUGAUUCCGGCGGCAAGCCGCAGCCGCAUAAGGUGUUCGACAUCAUCAUUGUGUCACACAUGCUCAUGCCAAUUGACAAAGAGCACAAGCGCCGCGAGUUCAUCGACAACCUUUGGACGAUGCUCGAACCGAAAGGGGGCGUGCUCAUUGUACUCGAGAAAGGCCACCCGCGGGGUUUUGAGGCCGUCGCUUCCGUUCGCGACCAGCUUUUAGACAAGUACAUCCUCCCGCCGCAUCAACACCCCCGUGAGGCAGAUUUCAUACCCAACGGUGACGAGUCAGAGUCUCGCCCGCGUGAGCCGGGAAUGAUUAUCGCCCCCUGCACGCACCACCACAAAUGCCCGAUGUACCUCACCCCUGGUCUCUCGCAGGGCCGCAAGGACUUCUGCCACUUCACCCAGCGCUACCUGCGUCCACCCUUCCUGCAAAAGGUCCUUGGCGCGACGCACAAGUCCCACGACGACAUUGAGUUUUCGUACCUAGCCAUCCGUCGUGGCGUGCGUGAUAUACAAGGGGAAACCCUCGCCCCGUCCGGGGCGGUCCUCUUAACAGGGCAGGAGGCCAACAACCGCGCCUUUGUUGGGUACGGAAACGGACGCGAGCAGAGCGAGAAGGAGGAGACGACAGUACCGCACCCGCUGAGUCUACCACGGAAUAUCUUACCGCCAAUCAAGAAAAAGGGGCAUGUUACCCUCGAUCUGUGCACACCCGCGGGGACGUUAGAGAGAUGGGUCGUCCCGCGCUCGUUUAGCAAACAAGCCUACCAUGAUGCGCGGAAAGCUGCGUGGGGGGAUUUAUGGGCUUUGGGGGCCAAGACAAGGACGAUUAGGACUGCUCGGGUCGGGAGAGGCGUCGUGGAGGGGGAGAGAAAGGGGAAGAAUAAGCAGGAACCGCAGCGCAAGAACCCGAGGACGGUGCAUGUUAAUGUGCACCCGAAGCUAGGCGUGCUCGGGGCGAGGUUUGCAAGCGACGGGUCGGAUGCUACGGGCGCCGUUGAAGACUACAUAGAUAAGAAGGGUGGGAAAAAGAAACUGGUGAAGAUGCGGAUUGAGGAGGUGAUGGAGCGGCUUGGAGAGGCCGGGUAUGAGGAUGCGGGAGUUGUGGAUGCGGAGGAGGUCAGGAGGGAGUUUAGGGAGGAGUUGAGAAGGGAGAUGGGGGAGGAUGAUGAUGCGGAUUUGAGGGAGUUGGAGGAGGCAGCGAGGAGGUUGAAUAUCGAUAAGAAGGAGUAG